AUGUCGUCCACGCAGACUAUGAAAGCGGUCAACUACCAGGGACCGUUCAGCGUCAAGGUCGAGGAUGUGCCCAAGGCGAAGAUCGAGCAUCCCGAUGAUGUCGUUGUCAAGAUUACAACCACCGCAAUCUGCGGGUCGGACUUGCACAUGUACGAAGGACGCACUAGUGCCAAGCCCGGUAUCACUUUCGGUCACGAGAACAUGGGCAUCGUCGAGGAAGUUGGCCCCGGCGUGACGACGCUGCAUAAGGGAGACAGGGUUGUAUUGCCGUUCAACGUCGCCGACGGACGCUGCCGCAAUUGCGAAGAAGGCAAGACCGGCUUCUGCGAGGGAGUCAACCCGGGCUUCAGUGGCGGCGCGUACGGAUACGUGGCCAUGGGUCCUUAUCGAGGUGGCCAAGCUCAAUAUCUCCGCGUCCCAUUCGCAGAUUUCAAUGCCUUGAAGCUCCCACCAGGCAAGGAGCACGAGAGCGAUUUCAUCCUCGUGGCAGAUGUAUUCCCGACGGGCUGGCAUGGAGUCACUAUCAGCGGGUUCAAGCCAGGCGAGACCAUUGCCGUAUGGGGCGCGGGCCCCGUUGGGCUCAUGGCGGCGUAUUCUGCUGUUCUUCGUGGGGCGAGUAAAGUGUUCUCCGUGGACCGGGUACCAGAGCGCCUCGCCGCCGCGAAGAAGAUCGGAUGCAUCCCGAUUGACUUCAGCAAGGGCGACGCAGCCGACCAGAUUAUUGAGCAAAAUGGUGGCAUGGUCGAUCGGACGGUGGACGCCGUUGGGUAUCAGGCUAUCGACACCGGGGGAAAGGAACGACCCAACAUCGUUUUGGAGGACAUGAUCAAGGCUACAAGACCGUGUGGCGGAUUGGGUAUUCCUGGCUUGUAUGUGCCUACCGAUCCUGGUGCGCCGGAUGAGGCAAGCGGCAAAGGCAUGCUUAGUUUGAGCUUCGGCAAGCUGUUUGAAAAGGGCCUUUCCCUGGCCACAGGCCAGUGCAAUGUCAAGCAGUACAACCGGUAUUUGAGGGACCUCAUUAUUUCGGGUAAGGCGAAGCCUUCGUUUGUGGUCAGCCAUGAAAUUGGAAUCGAGGAUGCCGAGACAGCAUAUGAGAAGUUCGACAAGAGGAUUGACGGAUACACGAAGGUGUUGAUCCACCCUAACGGACCAUUGUGA